GUCGAAUUUACUUGGUGGGUGAGAGUAGGAAUACUACAUGACCUCCAUGCAGUUUAAUUUAUUCUAAUAGUCCCAAGGUUCCCUUAUACGACUGACAGCCAUCCAAAAUCACAUGAAAAUAGCAUAUGUGAAGAAAUGUAUGAUUCUUGCUGAAUCUGCGGAACGCUCGCUAAAUCUCUCGGUACGGACCGAAAAGUUAUCGAAUAAGCUUCUUGGUCGUGACACGUUAGCAAUAUUUGAAUGAUAAAAGCAGCCGGUAAUUAAGAGAAGAUAAUUAUUGAAAGAUCCAUUAGUGGUCCGUGUGGAUGUCGGUGAACAUUUAGUAAGCGCUGUUCGGAAAUUGAGUUCCGAGUUGCUACUUAUGACAGUGAUUCAGUGUUGAAGAUCGCAGAACUUGUGGUUAUAAUUAACGGAAGUUGCAUAUAACAUUACGAAAUGUUUAGUGAAACCCAUUUCGUAGUUGGUGCUACUUUCUUAAGUGGAUUAAUUCUCCUGGUGAUAUAUCAUCUUAGGCGACUGCGCCUGUACAAAAAGGCUUCAAAAUUCUGCGGUCCGCCAACGUUACCGUUUGUGGGAAACGCUUUUCAAUUCUUGGGAAAUACCGAAGAUAUCUUCAACAAGUGCAUCGAACUGUCGCGUGUGUAUCCUUCACCUUAUCGCGUCUGGCUCGGACCUCAGUUGUUGAUUUUCCUAUCCGGACCAGAGGAAGUCAAGGUUAUAAGGUCUUCAUUAAAUAUCUGGGCGAUUGAGCACUACUACGCGAUAUAUAUGUUACAUGGUCCACUCAAUCUACGGUUUUACGGAGCGAGAAGGCGAUCGAGAAGUCGAAACUAUAUGAUUUUUUUCAACCUUGGUUGGGAAAAGGCUUGUUUACGGCACCCGGUGAGUUUUACAUCUAUUCACAAUUCCUGUAUUUUUUACCUUCGCAUAAUCGAGGCCAGUUGUCUGUUGUUUUUUUCAGAGAAAUUAUGGCGUGUACACCGGAAGCUGAUCGGGCCGACGUUUAAUCUAAAAAUUCUGGAAUCUUUUGUCGCUGUCUUCGCGGCCCAAUCGAACGUGAUGGUAAAGAAAAUGGAGGCUGAACUAAAUGGGGCGGAAUUCCCUGUGUUCGAUUACGUAUCGAAGUGCACUCUGGAUAUAAUUUGCGAAACUACUAUGGGUGUGAGUAUGAGAGCUCAGAUUAAAAAUGAUUGCAGCUACGUGGAAGCGGCAGAAAAGACAUUCGCAAUUGUCUACCAACGAAUGCUCAAAGUUUGGUUGCACCCGUCAGCAAUUUUUAAUCGCACUCAGCUUGGAAGGGAACAAAAUAAACACAUAAAUACCAUGCACAAUUUUACCAACAAUGUGAUUCAAAGAAAGAAGAAAUCUUUGCUCAAUAAGAUUGCUGUCAGUGGGGAAGAUAAUGAGGGCGAUUCACCUUUUCAAAGAAAGGCCUAUUUGGAUUUCCUGAUGGAGUUGACACACGAUAAAAUGAAAUUGUCGGACUCAGAACUCCGUGACGAGGUCGAAACAAUGAUGCUUGCUGGAAAUGACACAGUGGCCAACGUGAUCAGUACCGUCAUGUUAAUGCUGGCUUUGCAUCCGGAUGUACAGAAAAAGGCUUAUCUCGAACUACGUGAAAUUUAUGGAAGCAGCGAUCCUGACGAACGUAACGUGACACAUGAUGACUUAGAGCGCAUGGAAUAUUUGGAAUUUGUAAUCAAAGAGUCGUUGCGUGUUAUUCCAAUCGCACCGUUGAUCGGUCGUACAUUGAGUGACGAGUUGGACAUAGGUGAAUAUACUCUGCCAAAAGGAUGUUUGGUUGUUAUCGACAUCCUGACUAUGCAUAGAAACGAGGAUACCUGGCCGGACCCGCUCAAAUUUGAUCCGGAUCGAUUUUUGCCUGAAGAAGUGACUAAGCGUCAUGCUUAUAGCUACAUACCAUUCAGUGCGGGACCAAGAAACUGCAUCGGUUUAAGGUUUGCCAUGAUGGAAAUGAAGACAGUCUUGGCGACAAUCCUCCGCAGAUACAUCAUUAAGAAAGAUAUAUUUGUACCGCUAGCUGACAUCAAGUUGAAAAUGGACGGUCUGAUGAAACCAGUUGAACCAAUUAUGUUGCGAAUAGAAGAGCGAUGGAUUGACUCACCCCGAGGGGGCAGCGCCGCAGACGGCGAAGACGAGAACCACGGUUUUGUCUCAUUAUCUGAGUCAUUCCCCACCCUACUAGUUUCCGGACCUGUAUGUAAGACCGUGCACUUGGCAGACACGCAGUUAUGCGAAGCCUCUCGUCUGAUCAUGAACACGGAUGAUAAACCCAAAGACUCGACCCAAACAAUGGCUGAUUUAACUGUUGGCUGUUUCAUCGCUGAAGCUCUGUUUAUCACUGGAUUAAUUUGCAUAUUGACGUACCAUCUGAGGCGACUUAAGCUGUACAUAAAAGCUUCAAAAUUUCGUGGUCCUCCGACGAUUCCAAUCGUUGGAAAUGCGCAUCAUUUUAUCGGAAAUAACGGAGAAAUAGUGCACAAGUUGAUGGAUCUCUCAGAUUCGUAUCCUUCGCCCUAUCGAAUUUGGCUCGGACCAGAAUUGCUGAUUAUGGUCUCUCAUCCCGAAGAUGUCAAAAAAAUAGUUGGCAGUGACAAAACCAUCGAGAAAUCGCCACUGUAUCGAUUCUUUCGGCCGUGGCUAGGAAACGGUUUGUUCACAGCUCCCACGGCAAUAUGGCGCAUUCAUCGGAAACUCAUCGGGCCAACGUUUAAUUUGAAAAUUCUCGAAUCAUUUGUAAGCGUUUUUGCGGCCCAAUCAAGUAUAAUGGUAAAAAAAAUGGAGACCGAAUUAAAUGGAGGUGAAUUCGUCAUUUUCAAAUACGUAUCGCUGUGUGCAAUGGACAUAAUUUGCGAAACUGCUAUGGGCGUAAGCAUGGGAGCCCAGAGUAACAACAGCGGUGAUUACAUAGAAACAGUUGAAAAAACGUUCGCAAUUAUCUAUCAACGAGUUUUCAAAGUGUGGCUGCAGUAUGAUGCGAUCUUCUACCGUACUCGACUUGGUAGAGAACAAAAAAAAUGUUUAAACGUCUUACAUGAUUUUACUAAUAACGUGAUCCGUAGGAAGAAAGAAGCUUUGCUGAGAAAACGUGAUAAUCGGGAUGGUACAACUGAUCAUAAAUAUGACGAGGACGAUUCACUGCCACCCCGAAGAAAAGCUUAUUUGGAUCUGCUAAUGGAGUUGACUGAUAACCAGAUGAAAUUCACCGAUCAAGAAUUACGUGAAGAAGUAGACACGAUGAUUGUUGCGGGACACGACACAACGUCGAAUAUGAUCUGUUCGGUCUUGUUGAUGCUGGCUUCUCAUCCGGAUGUGCAGGAAAAAGCUUACCGCGAACUCGAGGAAAUAUACGGAAGUAGCAAAGUCGAAGAGCGCUGCGUGACCCACGAGGAUUUGUCACGUAUGGGAUACUUGGAGCGUGUGAUAAAGGAAACGAUGCGCGUAUUUCCAAUUGCCGCUACGGUGUCCCGAGCAGUUACGGAAGAUUUUGAUGUCGGUGAAUACACAUUACCGAAAGGAAGCAUAGUCGGUAUAGACAUUAUAAAAAUGCAUAGGAGCGAAGAAUUCUGGCCCGACCCGUUCGUGUUUGAUCCGGACCGAUUUUUGCCUCAAGAAAUCGCCAAACGACAUUCUUGCGUUUAUCUUCCGUUCAGUGGAGGGCCACGAAAUUGCAUAGGUUCGAGAUUCGCUAUGAUGGAAAUGAAGACUGUUUUAGCAACGAUUCUUCGCAGAUAUAUCAUCAAGAAAGAUAAAAUCACACCAAUAGCCGAUAUCAAGUUGAAAUCGGAUGUGAUACUGAAGGCGGCUGAUCCAAUCAAACUACGAAUCAAGGAGAGAACGUGUGACAAGCAGGAAGACGAAAUUCAUGUCGCGAAUGGAGAAGAAUUGAAAUACGCGUUGAAUUCUAUGGGAAAAUUCGCCCUUCUCUUCAAAGCUGGCACGGUUCUGGAUUCGUAUCCCCACUUCUUUCGUCCUCGAUCGCUAAGUCGAGAGGCAAAGGAUCUGAAACCAGUUGGACAGAGUCUUGCGCUCUACACGCGAUACAAAAUGUGCCUACUUCACAACAUCGUUGCCUCUGCGUUUCUCGGUGGAAUUGUCUACUGGUUCAUUUACCACAUGAGGCGACUGCCCUUUUAUCAAAAAGCUUGGAAAUUCUCUGGGCCAUCCAUAGUUCUACCGAUUUUGGGCAAUGCGCUGUACUUCGCCGGAAAUACUGAAAAUAUCUUGAACAAAUUCACCGAAUUAUCGCGGGCGUAUCCUUCGCCUUAUCGCGUCUGGCUUGGGUCUGAAUUGUUGAUAAUUUUGUCUCGACCCGAGGAAAUAAAGACAGUUCUGUGGAGCGAGAAGGCGAUCGAGAAGACAAGAUUUUUCGAAUUUUUUCAACCAUGGUUGGGAAAUGGCUUGUUCACUGCACCUGGUGAAAUAUGGCGUGUGCGUCGAAAGUUGAUCGGACCAACUUUCAAUUUGAGAAUUCUGGAGUCGUUUGUGGCUGUAUUCGCAGUCCAAUCAAACGUGAUGGUGAGGAAAAUGGAAACUGAAUUAAACGGGGAGGAAUUCCUCGUUUUCGAUUACGUGUCAAUGUGCACUUUGGACAUAAUUUGCGAAACUGCAAUGGGUGUGAGUGUAGGAGCCCAAGUUAACAACCAUUCCAGUUACGUGGAAGCAGUAGAAAAAUCGCUCAAAAUCAUCUACCGGCGAGCAUUCAGCAUUUGGUUGCACCCGCCAGCGAUUUUCAAUCGCACGCAAACGGGGAAAGAACAAAAUAAGCACAUAAAAACCAUGCAUAAUUUUACUAUCAACGUAAUUCAGAGGAAGAGGAAAGCUUUGCUGAAUCGGAAUACUAAAAAGACUGCAGUCAAAUACGGUGAAGAUACCGAAAGUGCGCCAUCUGAAAGAAAGGCCUUCUUGGAUUUGUUGAUGCAGUUAACAGACGAUAAGAUGAAAUUCUCGGAUUCGGAACUUCGUGAAGAAGUUGACACAAUGAUUGCUGCCGGUAGCGACACGACCUCCAACACAGUCAGUUUCGUUAUGUUGAUGCUGGCUUCUUAUCCGGAUAUACAGGAGAAGGCUUACCUUGAACUUUGUGAAAUUUAUGGAAGUUACGAUUCCAAUGAGCGUAUCGUGACAUACGAGGACUUGCCACGUAUGAGGUAUUUGGAACUUGUGAUAAAAGAAACGAUGCGUGUACUUCCAAUCAUAGCGUUGAUCACUCGCACAAUAACUGACGAUUUGGACAUAGGUGAAUAUACUCUGCCAAAAGGAAGUUUGGCUGUUAUUGACAUCCUGAGCAUACACAGAAACAAGGAAUUCUGGCCAGAUCCACUCAAGUUUAACCCGGAUCGAUUUUUGCCUGAUGAAGUGGCUGAACGCCAUGCUUAUUGCUACAUACCAUUUAGUGCGGGACCAAGAAACUGCAUUGGUUUAAGGUUCGCCAUGAUGGCUAUGAAGACAAUCCUGGCGACAAUGCUCCGCAGAUAUAUCAUAAAAAAAGAUAAGAUUGUGCCGUUAGACAACGUGAAGUUAAAAUCGGAGGGUGUAACCAAACCAGUUGAACCAAUCAUGCUGCGAAUAGAAGAGCGAAGGGUUACGAUAUCAUGCCACGCAGACUGCUUAUCACAUGGCUACUUCUGAUCCCUGGCUCGAUGCUUGUGUACUGUCAACAACAUUAAUCUCCUGGAAUCCAGGGAUCAAUCGUCGCGGCCGUUUCUCUCAGGGCACGAUCUCAUACAUGUUUUCGACAGCUGUGGUGCACCUAGGCAGGAGCCGCGCGUUAUUCGAUACCGAUCGUGGAUCGUGCCGAUUUUGAUGCUGCCUCUCCUGCCUUGUCUACGCUUGACUUCUCGCAGUUUGCAUCGCUGCUUUUUGUGGAUAGGAUCAUGAACGGGUGUUCAUCAGUCUGCAAUAAUCUCAUGAAUGAAGUACGGGAUUGCGUCGUGCCUGUCGAGGAACUUACUUUGCGGCGUUUACCUGCGACUUGGAUAUCGCUAGAUAUCAGACACCUGAUGAAAAAGCACAACGCUUGGGAUCGGUCCAUUAAGAGAUCUCGCAGUGCGAAAGGUUUCGCCAAAUAUAUCACCUAUCGUAGAGACAUAAAGCGUGCUUUAACAGCCGCCAAGACUGAUGGCAUACAAGAGCGGCUUAAUACUCGUGGUGGUGCGCAAUCCUUUUGGUAUGAGAUGAAGAACAUCGGUCUUACCAACUACUGUCUACUGGGGUUUUGAUUGAUGACCAUAAUGAAUACUUUGUGUCUAGCUCCGUGGGUUUGCAGUAUCAUGACCCGGCAGUUCAAAAUCCUGUCAAGAGGUAGAGAGAAUCCUUCACCUUCUCACUGAUCGCGAACAGAUGUGUCAACGGGGCGCUGGUAGGGAUUACAACUCGUGCAUGUGGUCCCGAUAACCCUACGAUACAGGCUUUCAAGACACUGAAAGAUUUACUAAUGCCGCUGAUGGUGUAUUUUCUGAACUCCCUCCUAACAACGGUAUCGGUGCCACCGUUGGGAGAAUCCUCAAUUAUUAUACCUAUAACGAAGGUUCGCGAUCCCAUUGGUCCGUCAGAUUUUAGACCAAUUUCGCUUCCCUGCACGUUUUCUACAGUGUUUUAACGGAUAGUGUAUGAUCAACUCGCGGUGCAUUUAGCGCGCGUUAAUUACCUCGAUUCACAUCAGACUGGUUCUCGUAAGGGCAUGGGAACACAAUCAGCCGUCUUGCGUUUGGUGGAUAACUUGUAGACUUGCGGACUUGUAGGAUGAUCGCAUGGUGAUCGUUGGUGGUGUUUCUGGACUUCUCCAAAGCGUUCAACAUGGUAAACCAUGCAUUGCUUCUGUGGAAGCUGCGAUCUUUCGGACUGACAACGUGCUUGACUGGUUCAACUCGUAACCAUCUGAUCGCACUACGGUUUUACAAACAGGUCUGGGAACUCGGCUAUUUUUAAGUGGUGGGGAUUGUCACCGUUAGUGUAACCAAACUGUGUUCGUCGUUUGUCCACAAGCUGCGCUGUCGUACUAGGGUAUUGUAAAUAUACAUAUGCAGUUGCAGAUAACCUCGUAGAGCCUCGUAGUCGUGGUGUACAUUCACAUAAUAAAAUAAUUUUUGAAAAAUA